CGUGUUUUGUGUUAUUACUUAUAUCCCAAUCCCCUCACAUAUAUACAACACAACACAACACAACACAUCUCACAUUGUGAACUCUUCUCUUCUCCCUUGUUUGUUGUAUAUUCUCCAUUCUUUCUCUGUUCUGUGAAAUAAAAGAGAUUUUCCCCCUUUGUGUUUCAAAGUGUGAAACUUUGCAGCAUAAGGAUUGUGUUCAGGUUCUAAUUCUUCUGUGUUACUCAAAGGAUUUGGCGUGAUCUGUCUGCAAUUUUGCGGUUGGAAUUCUCGAUCGUGUUUGAUGCCACUGUGAAUUCCCUCUGAGAUGAAGAGGUCCAGAGAUGAUGUGUACUCACAACCCAAACGGCCCAUAGUGUCCUCUAGAGGAGAACCCUCGGGACAACCCCAGAUGAUGAGUGGUGGUCAGAAACUGACCACAAAUGAUGCCUUAGCAUAUCUCAAGGCAGUAAAGGAAAUGUUUCAAGAUAAUAGGGAAAAGUAUGAUGACUUUUUGGAAGUUAUGAAGGAUUUCAAGGCUCAAAGAAUUGAUACAACAGGUGUCAUAGCAAGAGUGAAGGAUCUCUUUAAAGGGCAUAAAGAUCUAAUUUUGGGAUUUAAUACCUUCUUGCCCAAGGGAUAUGAAAUCACACUUCCAUUAGAGGAUGAACAACCUCCCCAGAAGAAGCCUGUUGAAUUUUCUGAAGCAAUAAAUUUUGUGGGCAAGAUUAAGACACGUUUUCAAGGCAAUGAUCGUGUUUAUAAGUCGUUUCUAGACAUAUUGAAUAUGUACAGAAAGGAAACCAAGUCUAUCAACGAGGUUUACCAGGAGGUUGCAGCACUUUUCCAGGACCAUGCUGAUCUACUUGAGGAGUUUACACAUUUUCUUCCUGAUACUUCAGGAACAGCCUCUACUCAUUAUGCGUCUGCUCGAAAUUGUCUCCUUCGUGAUAGGAGUUCUGCAAUGCCAACAGUGAGGCAUAUGCAUGUUGAUAAGAGAGAAAGGAGCAUGGCUUCACAUGGUGAUCGUGACAUUAGUGUUGAUCAUCCUGAUCCAGAACUUGAUAGGGGUUUGACAAGGGCUGAAAAGGAGCAGAGAAGGCGUGGUGAGAAGGAAAAGGACUAUAGAGAAGAGAGAGACAGGAGAGAACGGGAAAGGGGUGAUAGAGAUUUUGAUCAUGAUGUUAGUCGGGAACAUUUAUCUCACAAGCAAAAAACUAGCUGUAAGGCUGAAAUCUCAGGUGCUGAACCAUUACAUGAUGCAGAUGAGAAUUUUGGCAUGCGCCCUAACGCUUGUGAGGAUAAAAGUUCUUUGAAAAAUAUGUGGAGUCAAGUGCUUGCUUUCCUUGAAAGAGUCAAGGAGAAAUUACGAAAUCCUGAGGAUUACCAGGAAUUUUUGAAGUGUCUACAUAUCUACAGCAGGGAAAUAAUUACCCGACAAGAAUUGCAGUCAUUGGUGGGUGAUUUACUGGGAAAAUAUGCUGAUGUGAUGGAGGGAUUUGAUGAAUUUUUGACACAAUGUGAGAAGAAUGAAGGAUUCCUUGCUGGUGUCAUGAAUAAAAAGUCCUCAUGGAAUGAAGGACAUGUACUGAAACCGGUGAAGGUAGAGAACAGGGACCAAGAUCGUGAUAGGGAUGAUGGGAUAAAAGAAAGGGACCGUGAAUGCCGAGAAAGAGACAAAUCUGCUGCAAUUGCUAACAAGGAUGUUUCAGUUCCUAAGACAUCUCGAUAUGCCAGCAAGGAUAAGUAUGUAGCAAAACCUAUAAAUGAGCUGGACCUUUCUAACUGUGAACAGUGCACUCCAAGUUACCGUCUUCUACCAAAAAAUUACCCAAUACCAUCAGCUAGCCAGAGAACUGAGCUAGGUGCAGAAGUAUUGAAUGAUCACUGGGUUUCUGUUACUUCAGGAAGUGAGGAUUAUUCCUUUAAGCACAUGCGCAAAAAUCAGUAUGAGGAGAGCCUGUUUAGAUGUGAAGAUGACAGGUUUGAACUUGAUAUUUUGUUAGAGUCUGUAAAUGUGAGCAUUAAGCGAGUUGAAGAGCUCUUAGAAAAGAUUAAUGCUAAUACAAUCAAAGGAGACAGUCAAAUUCGUAUUGAGGAUCACUUAACAGCUCUAAACCUUAGAUGCAUUGAGCGAUUAUAUGGUGAUCAUGGGCUUGAUGUGAUGGAUGUGUUAAGGAAGAAUGCACAUUUAGCUUUGCCAGUCAUAUUGACCCGCUUGAAGCAGAAACAGGAUGAGUGGGCAAGGUGUCGUGCUGAUUUUAAUAAAGUUUGGGCUGAAAUAUUCGCAAAGAACUAUCACAAAUCACUUGACCACCGUAGCUUCUACUUUAAGCAGCAGGAUACAAAAAGUUUGAGUGCUAAAGCCCUACUGACAGAGAUUAAAGAAAUUAGUGAGAAGAAACGAAAAGAAGAUGAUGUGCUUCUUGCAAUUGCUGCUGGAAAUAGAAGGCCUAUUCUUCCUAACUUGGAAUUUGAGUAUUCGGAUCCAGAGAUUCAUCAAGAUUUGUAUCAGCUCAUAAAAUAUUCAUGUGGAGAAAUUUGUACAACUGAACAAUUGGAUAAAGUUAUGAAGAUUUGGACAACAUUUUUAGAAUUCAUGCUUGGCGUUCCUUCUCGACCCCACGGUCCCGAGGAUACAGAAGAUGUUGUCAAGGAUAAAAAUAAUUCUACUAGAAGUGACACUGCAAGUGCUGCUGAGGGUGAUGGCAGUCCUGGUGGUGGUGCUACCAUAAUGAAUCCAAAGAAUCUUAACACUAACAGAAAUGGAGAUGAGAGUGUUCUUCUAGAACGAUCAAGUUCUUGCAAAGAAUGGGAAACAAAUGGGGAUGGUGGGAUUAAGGAGGAUAAUUGUUUUGAAUUAGACCGUACCACACGUAAAACUGAAACUUUGGGAAGUGGUUCACAACAAGGUAAAAUUCAUAUACGUGCAUCUGUGCUUGAUGAUGUAUCAAGAGUCAAUAAACAAGAUCAUUCCAUUGAACGGUUGAUGAAUGCUAAUGUCUCACUGUCCUCUGGAGUGGAGCAAAGUAAUGGAAGAACAUAUGUGGAUAAUGCAUCAGGACUUACAGCAACUCCAUCUAGACCUGGUAAUAUUUCUGGCGAGGGAGGACAUGAAUUACCGUCAUCAGAGGGGGUUGAUUCUACAAGACCAGUUACAUCUACAAUUGGGGCCAUCAUCGAAGACACCAAAGGUCACAGGUAUAAUGAAGAAUCAGUUAGACACUUGAAAAGUGAAAGAGAAGAGGGUGAAUUAUCUCCAAAUGGAGACUUUGAAGAGGAUAACUUGGCAGUUUAUGGAGAUGUUAAUUUGAAGGCAGUUCAAAAGGGAAAAGAUGGUAGUACGAGUCAACAAUACCAAAAUAGACACGGAGAAAAAAGUUGUGGUGAACCCGAAGGAGAAAAUGACGGUGAUGAUGAACAUGAAGAAAGUCCUCAUAGAUCAUCAGAUGACAGUGAAAAUGCUUCUGAAAAUGGUGAUGUUUCUGGUACUGAAUCUGCUGAUGGUGAGGAGUGUUCUCGGGAAGAACAUGAGGAGGAUGGGGAUCAUGAACAUGAUAACAAGGCUGAGAGUGAAGGUGAAGCUGAAGGAAUGGCUGAUGCCAAUGAUGAUGAAGGAGAUGGAGCCUCAUUGCGAUAUUCAGAGCGUUUUCUUCUCACUGUAAAGCCUCUGGCAAAACAUGUUCUACCAGUGUUGCGUGAGGAAAAAAGGAAUGCUCAAGUUUUUUAUGGAAACGAUUCCUUUUAUGUGCUGUUUAGGCUUCAUCAGAUAUUGUAUGAGAGGAUUCAAACAGCAAAGGUAAACUCAUCUUCUGAAAAGAAAUGGAGAGCUUCUAAUAAUACUAGCUCUACAGAUCAAUAUGGCAGGUUCAUGAAUGCCCUAUACAAUUUACUGGAUGGUUCUUCUGAUAAUACAAAAUUUGAAGAUGACUGUCGAGCUAUUAUUGGAAUUCAGUCGUACGUCUUAUUCACAUUAGACAAGCUGAUAUAUAAACUUGUUAAACAGCUUCAAGCUGUUGCCAGUGAUGAGAUGGAUAACAAGCUUCUUCAACUAUUUACAUAUGAGCAAUCAAGAAAACCUGGAAAAUUUGUUGAUUUGGUUUAUCAUGAAAAUGCGCGUGUUCUUCUUCCUGAUGAAAACAUAUAUCGUAUUGAAUGUUCAGCUGCACCUACCCGAUUGUCUAUUCAACUCAUGCGCUAUGGACAUGAUAAACCUGAAGUGGCUGCCGUAACAAUGGAUCCUAAUUUUUCAGCAUAUCUGCACAAUGAUUUCCUGUCUGUUGUCCCUGAUAAAAAGGAAAAGUCUGGAAUUUUCUUGAAAAGGAAUAAACGGAAAUAUGCAAGCAUUGAUGAUGAACAUUCAAGUCAGGUCAUGGAUGGACUACAAGUCAUCAAUGGUCUGGAGUGUAAGAUAGCUUGCAAUUCGUCCAAGGUCUCAUACGUUUUAGAUACUGAAGACUUUUUGUUUCGAACAAGACGAGAAAGGAGAACCUUGCACAAGGACAGUUCAUGCCAUGAACAGGCAAAGACUUCAAUCAUUUGUUCAAGCAGAGCUCAGCGGUUCUGCAAAUUGUUUUCCAUUAAUUAAUGCUAUCCAAUUUGAGCAGGAUACGCCAAGGACACAUCUGACGCAAAAGGGAUUCCUUUAUUGGGACCUGCUGAAGAAUUGUUUCCCUCAUACCAAUCUAAAUUUCCACCAAGAUACAUUGGCCUUGAUUCACUAAUCAUGCUAAUCCUUCUACAAACUGAGGGGUGAGAUCAUAAAACGAGCAAAUAACCCAAGACAUUUCACAGCCAUGUUGGAAUCCAAGGCGGUUAAUUAGAUACGCAGCAAAUUGGCCACACAAUUCAGCCGAUCUAAAAUCAUAAUCCACCAGCGAAUAAUCUCGAUCAACACCUCCCUCAUUAAAAACACUGAUCCAUUGAGAAGCCGAAGAGGUAGACAGGAGCUUUGUAUCUGCAACAAAACGGCUUGCACAGUUCACGACACAGGUGGCGCUGCCAUUCCCCAAAACCAAAACAAUUGAUGUUCCCAUUUCAUUAAAUGCCCGGUUAUGAACCACAACCGCAUGGAAAAAUAAGGUUUUGAUUGCCUCCUCAGUUCCCCGCUCCGGAUGAGUAGGAUCCAAUUUGUCUAUCUAUGGGGUUUCGACCUGAGUCAACUGCCGUCUGAGAUUGAAAAUUUACACCUCAACACACUUCACCUGAAAUCGCUUUCAUCAAUGUUAAUGGAAAAACCAGAAUUCUGGGAGUUCACCAGAGAAGACAUAUCCAUGGUGGCCUUGCUGGGAAAACCUGGGUCUCAUCUUCUUGACAAUUAAUUCUCGAACUCCCUAUUCACCAUCACUUUCCCUCCUUUUAUGACAUUCGGCUGAAUUAACCUCUUGGUCACUCAUUGAUUCUUCCAACAUGAAAUUUGAAUCCUUUUGAAAAGACCCUGGAUUUGACACUCCAUGAUCAGACGUAACUGAUCAAAUUGUAAGGAUAUUUUAUGAAUCACACCAUCAACUAAGACAUUAAUUUCCUUUUCUUGCAAAAGAGGUGUUGGGGGAAAUAAUUAGGAACCUGGCAUAAUCUAGCCUUUUCCUUUGGGCUGUUAUACUAUCUAAGAGAUGAAAGUACCGAACCUGUUAGCAAUGCCAGCAAAAAAGCUCAUAUUUCCAUGUGUGAAGACCGAAGAGGCGCCUUCCAAGCCUUGAUCCAUAACAAAUGGUUUGGAUUAAUUUCCCCUGCAUCCCAUGGUCUUACCAGAGUAAACUUUUCUGCUAAGAAUUCCUAUGCAUCCUCCAAAAUACUCAGCAUCUCUUCCCUGCUGUCGAAUUUGAGAAUAUACUCAUUUGCUCCCAAUUGUUUAAUUUUGAAACAAGUUAAGGCAUUCCUGAGAAAGAAUUCUUGUACAACUUCAAUGCUUUGCACCUCUUCUAAGACUCUAACAGCCACCCUUGGGACCCAGUCUUUAAUUUCAGAAGAGGUUAUCUAUAAAUAGCAAUCCAUAAUAUUUUUCAAGUUCACUUGUUUUGUGAGAAAAGCACCUGUUAA